AUGGCAACAGAUGUGGCUUUUGAUACGAGCAUGGGCUCCUUCACAGUUGAGCUUUACAACACACAUGCGCCAAAGACCUGCAAGAACUUUGCGACCCUUGCCCAGCGGGGCUAUUACAAUAAUGUCAUCUUCCAUCGUAUUAUACCCAAUUUCAUGGUCCAGACCGGCGAUCCUACUGGCACCGGAAGAGGGGGAAGCUCUAUUUACGGCGAAAAGUUCGAAGACGAAAUCCGCUCGGAUCUAAAACACACUGGAGCUGGAGUGUUAAGCAUGGCGAAUAGCGGUCCAAAUACCAAUGGAAGUCAGUUCUUUAUCACGCUAGCUCCAACUCCAUGGUUGGAUGGGAACCACACAAUCUUCGGCCGGGUUAAGAGUGGAAUGAGGGUUAUCCAGCGUAUGGGACUUGUCAAAACCAAUUCUGAUGAUAGGCCAAUGGACGAGGUCAAGAUCAUUCGAGCGAGAAUAGUGGAAGAAGGCAGUGAGGAGUGA